UAGUAGUAGUAGUAGUCAAAGAGAAGUGAAGGUGAAGUGACUGUAUCGAUGGGUGGGUACUGCCACAGAGCUGACUGACCAUUACCACUUUCUCUGAAAUUUCUUAGAGGAAAUAACAACCACAACAACAACACCGACAACAACAACAACAACAACAGCUACAUUAUGAAUUAGUUAAAAUCUUAUCUCGUAUAUAUAAUAGACAAAUGCCAAAUUCUUGGCUUGCUGAUAAAUCAGUCACUCUUCAUGGAUUUCAGAUUACUGUCUCCUACUCUCCAUGUUUAUAUGUGAAUGGACAGCUGAUAGCGAGCGAGCGAGCAAGCUGCGGAACAUCUCAAAAACUGUGCUAACAACAUUUAAUCAACAAGGGCCUUUUAGUAAUGGGAGGGGUGUUCUUUACCAGUUCCUGUUGCAUUUUCUGUUCAGCUGCCAAUAUAAGUAAUUCAAAUUACAAAAAAAAAUUAUAAAACGACAUUUAAGCAAGUAAAAUAAAUAUCAAAAUAUUUUAAAAGAUAUUUUUUUUUUUUUCAGUUUAUUAAAAUUGUAGCAUAAAUAUAUUAAUUCCAUACAAAAACAAAAAUAUAUAGAUAUGCAUGCAUGUUCAUAAAACAAAUAUAUUUAUAUGUAUAUACAUAAGGAGACAUAUAGUUAUAAAUAUAAAUAAAAAUUAUAGAUAAUAUAUAUAUAUGGUAUAUGUAUAUAUUUUCCUGCAUCAUAUCGGAUGUGGAUACAAAAAGAAAAAACAAUAUUAUUUCGAUGAAGAUAAUCAAAGAAUUUUUUGGUAAAUGAAAUGGAUAUCUUUGAAAAAGGAAUGAGAAAGAUUAAAUCUGAUAGAUAAGUUGGCUUCUAACUAAUUACAAAUUAUUCAAUUAAUUGGACUUGCAACUUCUUCCAAACCAACAAUGAGUCAAACUUGGGUUACAUGCAUGAAGCACAGUAGUGGUGAUUUACACAGUCGCUUAAAAUCCAGAAAGCUUCUUGGUGUUGGAGAGACUGAUGAUGGCGAUAUCCAUCGUUCAAAGCUCAGUCAGAUUUUGGGCCACAGUGACCAAUUAUAUGUUCGGCUCCCUAGUGGAUUGCGGGUUUGGCAAUUUACCUUGGCUUUGGUGUUUACUGUGAUUGCUGUGUGGGCUUUGGUAUUCCCUCAACACUUGUAUGAAACAGCUUUCGAAGCAGUUGAAGGACAAUGUCUUACUCUCCCUGUGAGGUUCUAUGGCGCAGCUUUACUAAGUUUAUCCUGGCUUUUCUGGAGUACGCUUCAUGCUAUUGAUCGAGAUGUGAUCAAGACAGCCCUUAUCACCAGCAUCCUCUAUUUCUUUGCUCAUGUCCUUGUGAUUGCUUUUGGAUUGCUGAAAACUCUGCUGGUUUCCCAAAACUAUGGAACAGUCAUUGGUAGUGUGUUCUUUGCUCUGGUAUCUCUUCACUUUUACUGGUCAUUGUCAGGUUGUUCUGGUUCUGCUAGGAAUUCCCAAAACUCCAACAUAACAAGCACUGGUGUUGAAUGUACAUCUUUUGGAUCACCAAGUUCUGGAACUUCACGACUGUUUGACUCCUUGCCUGAAAGAAAAGAAAUUGAUAAAAACAAAUAGUUGUAAAAGACCUUUCUGUUGAGCUAUUUAUUUUAGUAGUUAACCAACUUCUAAAAUAAUUUCAACAACUAUCAAAAUAAAGAUGGUGGUGGGACAAAACAAAAAAAAAAUAUCAUUAUGAUUUAGUUAUAUCUUCUUUGAUAUUAGAAAUUAAUCUUCUGUUAUAAUUCAUACAUAUAUACAUACAAACACACACAUAUAAAUAUAAUAUAUGCUACAGUGUUAAGACUGAGAAUUGAUGCUAUGUAUGAACUUCUGUUAAUGUCGUCAUGUUAAUGGUUUUGUUCUUGAAAACACCAAUAACCAUUUGUUAUUCAUUGUCUCAUUUUUUUAAUCAAUGGAGCCUUGAAGACAAUAUAAUCUUUAUUUUCGUUUUUUUCUUUUUUUUUAUUAAGAAUUGUUGAAACGCUGCUUUUUGUUUUGUUUUGUUUUUUUCAGUAUGUGUAUUUUGUGUUCUUUUUUGUGAAAAGUAUUAAACCAAGUUAAAGUCAAGUUUGGACUGUUCUUUGUGUGUAUGCAUUGUGCAUAUAUAUAUAUAUAUGUAUAUAUAUAUAUAUAUAUAUAUAUAUAGACACACACUCAUAUAUACAAUUUUAGUUGUAAAUCACAUAAGAUUUUGCCUGUGGCCUGUCAUGGGUUUUCUUAAUUGUACAAUAAGUUAAUCAUUAAAAUAAACUUCACUUUUCUUUGGUUGCUAUUAUUUAUUUAUUUAUUAUUAUUGUUAUUAUUAUUAUUAUUGAAGAUGGUGAGCUGGCAGAAUCAUUAUCAUGCCAGAAAAAAUACUUAGUGGCAUUUCAUUCCACCGAGGUCGACAUUGUCAUUCAUCCUCUUGGGAGUCAAUAAACUACAUACCAGCUAAGUACUGAGGUUGAUGUAGUCAACUAUCCCUCCCUUCCAGGUCCCCCAAAUUUCCAGCUUUGUGCCUAUAGAAGAAAUUAUGUGUAGUGAGCUGGUAAAAGUUAUAUAACUGUUGGAAAAAUAUUUAGUAGUAUUUAUUCCAGCUCUUUCUAUUCUGAGUGCAAAUCGUUCCAAGGUCAUUUUUACCUUUCUAUCUUUUUAAGGUCAAUAAAAUAAAAUACUUGUCUAGAUCCUGGAGUCAGUGGUAUCAACUAACCCUUUUCCCCUUAAAAUUACCAGCAUUUUGCCUAAUCUAGAAACCAUUAAGAGUGGUGAGCUGGCAGAAUCGUAAAAGCAUCAGAAGAAAUGCUUUGCAGUAUUUCUUCUGGCUCUUAACAUUCUGAGUUCAAAUCCAACUGAGAUCAACUUUGCCUUUCAUUUUUUCAGGGUGAAUAAAAUGAAUUAGCAGUCAACUACCAGAGUUGAUGUCAACGACUAACCCCUUCCUCUCAAAGCUGUUGGCCUUGGACUUAAUUUAGGAACAAUUAUUAUUAUUGUUAUUAUUAUAAUUAUCUGAUCAGAGCAUUUUCUUUCUCAGUGCAUCUCACUCUGUGUUGUGUUUAUUAUUUUUUUCUUUUUGAGGCCAUGCUGGCAAAUAAAGAAAUUAUUAUUAUUA